UUCAGUCCACCCGGGUUAGGUGUGGGGAGGCUCGGCGCGAGCCCUCGGCUGCGGGGGGUCGCGGUCGGGUGAGGCUGGGGCCGGACGGGGACCGCCGCCUCGGGGCCUGGGACGCGCGGCUUCCGUGCCUCCGAGCGUCGACUCCGCCCCCUUGGUGGGUCCCUGGGGUGAAGCGGAGGCUCGGGGAGAGUCUGUGACUGCCCAGAGUCGCGCAGCUGCGGAGCGGGGUUUGUGCCCCAGGCUGGCUGUUUGAGGGAGUGAGCCCUGUUUGAAGUGGCAUCCUCAUCGUGGGAGAGGGUGAUGAGGGUGCCGGGAGGCCUGGUCUGACCGGGGCCGCUGCCGGCGCCUCCCCGCCACUCCCGCGUGACCUCCACGCUCACCUACCUAUAUUCCAGCCACCCUGAGCACCUGGGGCCGCCACCACUCACAGACCAUGUUCCUGGUGCGCCUGACUUCUCAGCUGCUUAGGGCUGUUCCUCGGGCAGGUUGCGGUCGGCCCCGGCCCGUCUCAGGGGUGCUAGGCAGGUGUGCCUGUCGGCCCUGCUACAGCACACAGCCAACAGGCCCAAGCGGAGUUGCCUCCAUCCCUGGCAGGGGGCUCCAGCUGGAGCUUGAGGAGAUGCUGGUCCCCAGAAAGAUGUCCGUCAGUCCCCUGGAGAGCUGGCUGACCGCCCACUACCUCCUACCCAGACUAGCUGCUGGAGGCCCAGCGACCGUGGCUCCAGCCCGACUCUAUGAGUGUCCACCUAGCCAAGUGGGGGAACGGGCUGAGCAGGGGGAUGUGGGGGCCUGGGAUGCACCCCGGAUGCAGUGCAAAAACAUACUGAAGAUCCGCCGGCGGAAGAUGAAUCACCACAAGUACCGCAAACUGGUCAAAAGGACCCGGUUCCUGCGGCGGAAGGUCCGGGAAGGGCGCCUGAAACGGAAGCAGAUCAAGUUCGAGAGAGACCUGAGGCGCAUCUGGCUGAAGGCAGGCUUGAAGGAAGCCCCUGCAGGCUGGCAGACCCCCAAGAUCUACCUGAAGGGCAAAUGACUCUAGUGCUCCUCCCCCCACCCGUUACCGCUGACGACCCAUUGUAAUAAACGUUCAGAGAACGCA